UUUUUCACACCAUUCGAGUUUUUAAUUUAUUUUUGUAAUCCAAACCAUCGUCUUCUUCCUCUUCUCGUCGGCUUCGAGGAUGUUGCUAUCUCGUGCCCUAGGGCUCCGCCGCCGCCGCGCCACCUCCGCCGCCUCCGCCGUCGCCGUCGCCGCCGGGGGGCGCCGCUUCUUCGAAGCCUCAUCAUCCUCCUCCACCUCCGCCGGCGCCGCCGCCGCCGCCUUCGCCGAUGGCGCCGAGACAGGCCUCUACGGCCUCCAGAUCCUGAGGACGGCGAAGGGGUUCCGACGCUUCGUCGACGAGGCCAUCGAGAGGUCCAAUGAGCUCGUCUCUAACAUUUCUCGGCUCCCUCCCUCCAUGGAGAUCAUCCGCGCCAUGGAUGAGAUCUCUAACACGGUCUGUUCGGUGAUUGAUUCUGCGGAGCUGUGCAGGAACACACAUCCGGACAGGGAGUAUGUGGAAGAAGCGGAUAAGGCUUCGAUGAGGAUUUAUGAGUAUCUUCAUUUUCUAAAUACAAAUGUAACAUUAUACAAUGCUAUACUAAAGGCUGAGAGUGAGGGUGUCCUGCUUACAGAAGAAGCUCAAAGGGCAGCCUCUACUUUACGUAUUGAUUUUGAGAAAGGGGGCAUCCAUCUAUCGAAAGAGAAACUGGACCUGGUUAAUGAAUUAAAUCUCAAGGCUGCCCAGCUGGGAAGAAAGUUCAAUGAAAAUAUUAUGACUGACCCAGGUUUUGUUGAUAUAUAUCCGGCAUCGCGAAUCCCGAAGGAUAUGCAACAUCAUUUUAAGCCCAUAUAUCGGUCGACCCCAUCUGCAUCUGAGGAAAUAAGAGAUCUAAGGGAUCAGAGAAGAGAGAAGGGUCUUCAGAUCACAACAGAUUCAAGCACUCUCUCCUCAGUGUUGAAAUGGGUAUCAGAUGCUGAGGUAAGGAGACUAGCGUACAUAAGAGGUAAUUCUGUACCAAGUGGAAAUCUUGGUGUUCUUGAUGAUCUUAUAAGAACUCGUCAUGAACUUGCACAGAUAAUGGGGUACAAGUCAUUUGCCGACUUUGCUAUACAUCCUAACUUGGCCGCAAAAGUAGAUGUUGUCAUGUCCUUUCUUCUUGAUCUAAGCAAGAUAGUUAGACCCAAAGCUGAUGAGGAGUUUGCACGAAUACGUGAUUUCAAGAGGCGAGUAUGUAAUGAGAAAAGUUUAGAUUUAGAGCCAUGGGAUGAGGCUUACUUCACGGGAAUGAUGAAAUCUUCUACAUAUGACCUGGACUCUUCGGUUGUUGCCUCAUAUUUCCCGUUAUCCAAAUGCCUCGAGGGCUUGAAAAUGUUGGUUGAGUCGCUAUUUGGUGCGACAUUUCAAAUGAUUCCGACUACUCCCGGCGAGUCAUGGCAUCCAGAUGUCAUAAAGCUCUCUCUUCAUCAUCCUGAAGAGGGUGAUUUGGGGUAUCUGUAUCUUGAUCUUUACUCCAGGAAGGGGAAAUAUCCAGGUUGUGCCCAUUUCGCUAUUAGAGGUGGGCGAAGAGUCUCCGACAAGGAAUACCAACUUCCAAUUGUUGCAUUAGUCUGCAACUUCUCAAGUCCGUACAGAUCAUCAACUACGAGGCUUAACUACUGGGAUGUCGAAACCCUCUUUCAUGAGUUUGGUCAUGCUCUUCAUUCCCUCCUUUCGAGAACGGAUUAUCAGCACUUCUCGGGCACUAGAGUCGUCCUUGAUGUCGCUGAAACACCUUCCAACCUUUUCGAGUACUAUGCAUGGGACUAUCGUGUUCUGCGGACAUUUGCUAGAGAUGAAACUACCGGUGAUCCCAUACCAGAAAAACUUGUACAGGCUAUGAACGGUGCUCGAAACAUGUUUGCUGCAACAGAGCUGCAACGCCAGAUAUUUUACUCACUAAUUGACCUGACACUCUUUGGGGAGCAACCAGCUACUGCUAGAGAUACUGUUUCUAUUGUUGCCGAUUUAAAGAGACAACACACAAGCUGGAAACAUGUAGAGGGCACACAUUGGCAUACUCGAUUCAAUCACCUCAUUAAUUAUGGUGCUGGCUAUUAUAGCUAUCUAUACGCGAGAUGUUUCGCAUCAACCAUAUGGCAAGAGAUCUGCCUGGACGAUCCGCUAUCCCGGAGCACAGGCGACGCUAUUCGAACAAAAUUCCUGCGGCACGGAGGAGCAAAGAACCCAUCUGAUUUACUGAAGGAUUUUGUCGGGGACAGAAUUAUACGAGAUUGCAGAGGCGGAGUAAUCCCUGACAUUAGCAGUCUCUGCAAAGAAUUGGGCUUAUGAUAUCUAAGAUGGCUUGAUUUUGGAAAGAAGAUCCACUUAAUGGCUAAAAGCUGAGAAAAGGUUUCAUCACAUGGGUGGAUGAUUUUGAAUGAACUUUAGGGCUCAAUGUACACCAAGAUGAGGUAUGUUUUAUGUUAUCAUCUUUGUUGUCAUAAUUUAUUAUUGAUUAAGGGUGUAUAGAUAUUUACCUGUUACAAUUCAUGUUUCCAUUCGGUGCUCUACCCUCGAGCUGAAGCAAUAUUUAUUUGCUAAUUUAUAAUGUAGAAUAUUGUAGUUGUUAAGUUAAUUUGCUGGUAAAGCUACGAGAACCAAAAAAAGGGAAAGAAAAAGGGUUUUUUUUUUAAUAAUUAUUGUAAGAUUGAACUCUUAGACCAGAACCAUAGAAAAAUUGCAAUGUUUUGCCAUUCUUAUUCAGGAGUGCUUUUCAUUUUGAGGCUCACCCCAUUGAUUAAGGCGCAUGGCAAAAUUCAGCCGAGGGAAUCCAAAAAGCACUACUGCCUCAAAUAGAUAUGUUGUAUUAAAAGUUUUAAUACAAUAAUCAAAGUUUGAUUUUGAGUC